AUGCGUCGAACGUUCCUAACUAUAGCUUUAUUCUCCUCGCUCUCUCUCGCAGCGGCCCUUUAUCCCACAAACUUCUUACGCAGCGGAUCAUUUCUUCCGGCUCGACUUACCAACGCCCACUCCGAGCAGGUCCAGAACCCGAUGAACCCCGGGCCAGUCCAAGGCUCUGGCCCCGAGCAGUCCGUCGGCGGUGGCGGUGACGGCGGCAAUGAUGCUGGAGACACCACACUAUCCAUCUCGGACAUCCUGCCACAGACACGCAAGAUCAACAUCUUCGCAUCGCUGACCCGCGACAUCUCGACCGUCACAAGCCGUCUCGAGUCCACAAACCCGGCAGACAACACCACACUCCUCGCGCCACUCAACAGCGCGAUGCAGGCCCUGCCGCGGAAACCGUGGGAAGACCGCCCCCGCGACGACUCCGGCGUACGGGCCGAGAGCAACGAGGACAAGGCCGCCGGCAACCUGCAGCGCUUCGUCGAGGAACACGUCGUCCCCACGAGCCCUUGGCUAGAAGGCAGGAAACACAAGAUCGAAACCCUGGGCGGCCAGGAGCUGUGGUGGGAGGAACGCGAAGGCCAGAAGAUCAUCCAGCCCGGGAAUCUCGUCGUCGAUGGCGUCGUUGGCAGGGUUGGCAAUGGUGAGAUCUGGGCCGUUACAGGGGUCGUGAACUAUCAGUGA